UUCUUAUUGUUGGGAAACAAGGUCAAUUAAGAAAAAGUAACAUAAGCAAAAGCAGAAACAAGGAAAAGGGCAGGCACCUCUUCAUUCGGAAAAGAAACAGAGGAGAGCGCCUGUGAGAGAGAUGGAGACGUUGAUGGAGGAUGAAGAGGAGUACAGCUGGAGGGAGGUGAAGCUGCCGGCGCUGAUACCAAUAGUACAAGAGCCAGAGUUGGAGAGGGAGACAGGAGAGAGAAGGAGAGGAAGAGACAUACUCAUCGCCAUAGAUCACGGCCCCAACAGCAAGCACGCCUUCCACUGGGCCAUCCUUCACUUCUGCCGCCUCGCUGACACCAUCCACCUCGUCCACGUUGUCUCCAGUCUGCAAAACCAAAUCGUAUAUGAGACGAGUCGGGAGCUGAUAGAGAAGCUAGCAAUUGAAGCGUUUCAGGUCUCCAUGGUGAAGACGGUGGCUCGGAUAGUGGAAGGGGAUGCUGGGAAGGCAAUAUGCAAGGAAGCUGAGAGAUUAAAGCCAGUGGCUGUUGUCAUGGGAACCAGAGGUAGAAGUCUGAUUAAAAGCGUCUUGCAGGGGAGCGUAAGUGAAUACUGCUUCCACAACUGUAAAUCUGCUCCAGUGAUAAUCGUUCCAGGGAAAGAAGCAGGAGAGGAAUCGGUGAUCUAAAAGAAAUCUCUCAAGCUUUGCAUUGGUGUUGUGUGGCGAUCUAAAAGAAAUCUCUCAAGCUUUGCAUUGGUGUUGUGUGGCGUGUUAUUGUGACAUCUAGCAUUUUCUUGUUUAUUGGGUGUAUAAAGCUCAGAAUCUUCUAUGGUUUUGUAAUACAGUUUCCCAUUUAUCACAGGGUGGAUUGUGCCUACAACUACUUCCUUCAAAGACCUGUUCACAUCUAUUAGCUAACUAAAAGUGCAAGAAAAUAUAUGGCACCUUAUUUUCA